AUGCAUUUUCUUUUCGUUCUUCCUUCCCCCUUGUUUUCUUUUCUUUGUUUGACGUGUUUUUUUUCUUCUUUUCAUUCUUUCUACUUUCUUUCUUUAUUUAUUUACUUUUUCCCCCUUUUAUUUUCACUUCAGCAAAAAUUGACUCUCUCUCUCUCCCCCUCUCUCUCUCUCCCCCCCUCUCUCUCCCCUCUCCCCUCUCUCUCUCCCCCCCUCUCUCCCCUCUCUCUCUCUCCCCCCCUCUCUCUCCCCCCUCUCUCCCCUCCCCCUCUCUCCCCCCCCUCUCUCUCCCCCCUCUCUCCCCCCUCUCUCUCCUCUCCCCUCUCUCUCUCUCCCCCCUCUCUCUCUUAUGCAAAGGUAACGCCAAAUGAAAACAAAUUCUGUCUACGGGGAUUCUACAUAAAUGUAAAAUACUGUAAUGCAUUUAUCUAUUCUUCUAUCUAUCUAUCUAUCUAUCUUUUUUGUUUUUCUGUCUAUAUCAUGUGCUACUUAUCUCUAUCUGUAUCUCACUCUCACUCUGAUAUUUAUUUCUUUUUUGUCCGAUCUAUCUAUCUAUCUAUCUAUCUAUCUAUCUAUCUAUCUAUCUAUCUAUUUCGGCCUGUUCAUUAUCUAUAUAUCUACUAUCUAUGUAUCUGUCAUCAGUCACUAUCUAUUUCGGCCUGUUCAUUAUCUAUCUAUCUAUCUAUCUAUCUAUCUAUCUAUCUAUCAUCAGUCACUAUCUAUUUCGGCUUGUUCAUUAUCUAUCUAUCUAUCUAUCUAUCUAUCUAUCUAUCUAUCUAUCUAUCUACUAACUAUCUAUCUAUCUGUCAUCAGGCACUAUCUAUUUCGGCCUGUUCAUUAUCUAUCUAUCUAUCUACUAUCUAUCUGUCAUCAGCCACUAUCUAUUUCGGCCUGUUCAUUAUCUAUCUAUCUAUCUACUAUCUAUCUAUCUAUCAUCAGUCACUAUCUAUUUCGGCUUGUUCAUUAUCUAUCUAUCUAUCUAUCUAUCUAUCUAUCUAUCUAUCUGUCAUCAGCCACUAUCUAUUUCGGCCUGUUCAUUAUCUAUCUAUCUAUCUACUAUCUAUCUGCCAUCAGCCACUAUCUAUUUCGGCCUGUUCAUUAUCUAUCUAUCUAUCUACGAUCUAUCUAUCUGUCAUCAGCCACUAUCUAUUUCGGCCUGUUCAUUAUCUAUCUAUCUAUCUACUAUCUAUCUAUCUGUCAUCAGCCACUAUCUAUUUCGGCCUGUUCAUUAUCUAUCUAUCUAUCUAUCUAUCUAUCUAUCUAUCUAUCUAUCUAUCUAUCUAUCUGUCAUCAGCCACUAUCUAUUUCGGCCUGUUCAUUAUCUAUCUAUCUAUCUACUAUCUAUCUGUCAUCAGCCACUAUCUAUUUCGGCCUGUUCAUUAUCUAUCUAUCUAUCUACUAUCUAUCUAUCUGUCAUCAGCCACUAUCUAUUUCGGCCUGUUCAUUAUCUAUCUAUCUAUCUAUCUAUCUAUCUAUCUAUCUAUCUAUCAUCAGUCACUAUCUAUUUCGGCUUGUUCAUUAUCUAUCUAUCUAUCUAUCUAUCUAUCUACUAACUAUCUAUCUAUCUGUCAUCAGGCACUAUCUAUUUCGGCCUGUUCAUUAUCUAUCUAUCUACUAUCUACUAACUAUCUAUCUAUCUGUCAUCAGGCACUAUCUAUUUCGGCCUGUUCAUUAUCUAUCUAUCUAUCUAUCUACUAUCUAUCUGUCAUCAGCCACUAUCUAUUUCGGCCUGUUCAUUAUCUAUCUAUCUAUCUACUAUCUAUCUAUCUGUCAUCAGCCACUAUCUAUUUCGGCCUGUUCAUUAUCUAUCUAUCUAUCUACUAUCUAUCUAUCUGUCAUCAGCCACUAUCUAUUUCGGCCUGUUCAUUAUCUAUCUAUCUAUCUAUCUACUAUCUAUCUAUCUAUCUAUCUAUCUAUCUAUCUAUCUCUCAUCAGCCACUAUCUAUUUCGGCCUGUUCAUUAUCUAUCUAUCUAUCUAUCUAUCUAUCUAUCUAUCUGUCAUCAGCCACUAUCUAUUUCGGCCUCCACUAUCUAUUUCGGCCUGUUCAUUAUCUAUCUAUCUAUCUACUAUCUAUCUAUCUGUCAUCAGCCACUAUCUAUUUCGGCCUGUUCAUUAUCUAUCUAUCUAUCUAUCUACUAACUAUCUAUCUAUCUGUCAUCAGGCACUAUCUAUUUCGGCCUGUUCAUUAUCUAUCUAUCUAUCUAUCUACUAUCUAUCUGUCAUCAGCCACUAUCUAUUUCGGCCUGUUCAUUAUCUAUUCAUCUAUCUACUAUCUAUCUAUCUGUCAUCAGCCACCAUCUAUUUCUGGCCUGUUCAUUAUCUAUCUAUCUAUCUAUCUAUCUAUCUAUCUAUCUGUCAUCAGCCACUAUCUAUUUCGGCCUGUUCAUUAUCUAUCUAUCUAUCUACUAUCUAUCUGUCAUCAGCCACUAUCUAUUUCGGCCUGUUCAUUAUCUAUCUAUCUAUCUACUAUCUAUCUAUCUGUCAUCAGCCACUAUCUAUUUCGGCCUGUUAAUUAUCUAUCUAUCUAUCUAUCUAUCUAUCUAUCAUCAGUCACUAUCUAUUUCGGCUUGUUCAUUAUCUAUCUAUCUAUCUAUCUAUCUAUCUAUCUACUAACUAUCUAUCUAUCUGUCAUCAGGCACUAUCUAUUUCGGCCUGUUCAUUAUCUAUCUAUCUACUAUCUACUAACUAUCUAUCUAUCUAUCUGUCAUCAGGCACUAUCUAUUUCGGCCUGUUCAUUAUCUAUCUAUCUAUCUAUCUACUAUCUAUCUGUCAUCAGCCACUAUCUAUUUCGGCCUGUUCAUUAUCUAUCUAUCUAUCUACUAUCUAUCUAUCUGUCAUCAGCCACUAUCUAUUUCGGCCUGUUCAUAUCCAUCUAUCUAUCUAUCUAUCUAUCUAUCUAUCUAUCUAUCUAUCUGUCAUCAGCCACUAUCUAUUUCGGCCUGUUCAUUAUCUAUCUAUCUAUCUACUAUCUAUCUGCCAUCAGCCACUAUCUAUUUCGGCCUGUUCAUUAUCUAUCUAUCUAUCUACGAUCUAUCUAUCUGUCAUCAGCCACUAUCUAUUUCGGCCUGUUCAUUAUCUAUCUAUCUAUCUAUCUACUAUCUAUCUAUCUAUCUAUCUAUCUAUCUAUCUAUCUAUCUGUCAUCAGCCACUAUCUAUUUCGGCCUGUUCAUUAUCUAUCUAUCUAUCUAUCUAUCUAUCUAUCUAUCCAUCUAUCUAUCUAUCUGUCAUCAGCCACUAUCUAUUUCGGCCUGUACAUUAUCCAUCUAUCUAUCUACUAUCUAUCUCCACUAUCUAUUUCGGCCUGUUCAUUAUCUAUCUAUCUAUCUAUCUAUCUAUCUACUAUCUAUCUAUCUGUCAUCAGCCACUAUCUAUUUCGGCCUGUUCAUAUCUAUCUAUCUAUCUAUCUAUCUAUCUAUCAUCUAUCUAUCUCAAUCGCUUCUUAUCUCUCUUAUUAUUUCUGUAUCACGCUCUCCCUCUGGUAUCUAUCUCAUUUGUUCCUUACCUAUCUAUCUAUUCAUAUCAGUCAAUAUCUAUCUAUCUAUCUAUCUAUCUAUCUAUCUAUCUAUCUAUCUAUCUAUCUAUCUAUCUAUCCCAGCCUAAACUUCAUCUAUCUAUCUAUCUAUCUAUCUAUCUAUCUAUCUAUCUAUCUAUCUCAGCCUUUUUAUGUCAAACUCUCACAUACCAAGUCGGUUGGAAAAUGUUAUCUAUCUAUCUAUCUAUCUAUCUAUCUAUCUAUCUAUCUAUCUAUCUAUCUAAUUGGCUUUGUAUCUCUCAUUAUCUCUUUAUCUUUCUGUCACUCUCCCUCUGAUAACUACUUUUUUGUUAUCUAUCUAUCUUCGUUUGUACAUAUCUAUCUACCUAUCUAUCAUUGUCAAUUGAUAUCUAUCUAUAAUUAUCUGUUGAUAUCUAUCUACUAUUUAAUACCAAAUAAUUUUUUAAACUCUGUCACUAUCUAUCUAUCUAUCUAUCUAUCUAUCUAUCUAACUCGCAUUACAGGUUGCCCGUCCACCGUCCAAAUAACGACCAUACAUUCUCAGAAAGUUAGUCUUUGA